CGGGGCGGAGGCGGCGGAGAGGCCUGCGGCGGCAGGGAGCGGCGGGACCCGGAGCGGGCGCUGGAGCCAAGCCGAGCCGAGCCGGAGCGGGCGGCGCAGGCCGGCGCGGCGAGCAGCAACCAUGUCGGUGUUCGGGAAACUGUUCGGGGCAGGAGGGGGUAAGGCCGGCAAGGGCGGUCCGACCCCUCAAGAUGCCAUCCAGCGGCUGCGGGACACGGAGGAGAUGCUAAGUAAAAAACAGGAAUUCCUGGAGACCAAGAUCGAGCAGGAGCUGACCGCUGCCAAGAAGCACGGCACCAAAAACAAGCGCGCGGCCCUCCAGGCACUGAAGCGCAAGAAGAGGUAUGAAAAGCAGCUGGCGCAGAUCGACGGCACACUAUCAACCAUCGAGUUUCAGCGGGAAGCCCUGGAGAAUGCCAAUACCAACACCGAGGUGCUCAAGAACAUGGGCUAUGCUGCUAAGGCGAUGAAGGCUGCCCAUGACAACAUGGACAUCGAUAAAGUUGAUGAAUUAAUGCAGGACAUUGCUGACCAGCAAGAACUUGCAGAGGAGAUUUCAACAGCUAUUUCAAAACCUGUAGGAUUUGGAGAAGAGUUUGAUGAGGAUGAACUCAUGGCAGAAUUAGAAGAACUAGAACAGGAAGAACUAGACAAGAAUUUGCUGGAAAUCAGUGGACCCGAAACAGUCCCUCUACCAAAUGUUCCCUCUAUAACCUUACCAUCAAAACCCACCAAGAAGAAGGAAGAGGAAGAGGAUGACAUGAAGGAAUUGGAGAACUGGGCUGGAUCCAUGUAACUGGUCCAGUGCGGGCUGGGCCCAGACAGACUCUGGUGGCCUGUGCAGCGGGCAGGCGUGUGCGUGUGUGGGGCAGGCAGGACAUGGUGCAGGCAGGUUCCAUCGCUCCUGAAUCCCCCUCCAAAGCAGUAGGGCCGCAUCACUGCUCACUCUCUGCAUAGCAUGGUCUGCACCCAGCGGGAUGGGGAGGGGGGAGGG